UCGGAGGAGGCGCCGUCUCCGCAGCCCGCCCCGGCCCAGCCGGCACCGGCACCGGUACCGAGUCCUCCGGCUCCGCAGCCGGUCCCCGCCGUCAGCCCGGCCAGCCUGAGCCAGGAACAGCUGAUCCGGCAGCAGCUGCUGGCCAAACAGAAACAACUUCUGGAGCUCCAGCAGAAGAAGAUCGAGCUGGAGCUGGAGCAGACCAAGGCACAGCUGGCGGGGGGCUUCGUGAUGCCGACUGCAGUCUCCGCCGCUCCAGCGGCACCGAAGAUCGCCAACCAAACGGCUCCGGCGGUGCGGCCGUGGAUCCCCCCUCAGACUCAGCCGGACGUCAAACCCCCCACCAGAGACCCGCGUCUGAACCGCGCCGGCCCGGCGGCCGCCUCCCAGCCCAAAGAACAGCCUGCUGGGAAGAAAGACGGGCCCCCUUCGACAGGAAGUCACGCGUCGACUCCGGAGAAACCCGCCCGGCCGGAGAAGGUCAGGACCCCGAAGAAAGAGGCGUCGGAGGAGAAACCCAAGUCCAAGCCCCCGUCUCCGAUGGCCAAAAGCAUCCCGAGUAAAAACAAAGCGGCGGAGCCAGAGACUCGGUCGGCCGACGGCACGAAGAAAGACCCCAGGCUGAAGAAACGGCCGCAGGACAAGACGGGCGACGCCAAGGACGACGAGAUGAAGGAGAAGAAAAGAUGCACGGACAAGAAGGAGCGAGAGGAGGCUGCGGCGCGCGGACUGGACCCGCACCGGGUCCCCAAGGGGAAGCUGGUGAACGGCUCGGUCGCCAAACACGACCGCGACGAGUCCGCCGAGAGGCUCGAUUCCAAAACCGGAGGCAACGCCCGAACACACGCCAGGAAACGCACCCGCUCGCGGUCCAGGUCUCGCUCGCCCUCCGCCGCCUCCCCGAAGAGGAAGGACCGGCGGUCGCCCAAGAGCCGAACCCGGAGCAGCUCUUUGUCCCCGUCGCCGUCGUCUCACAAACCGGGAAAACCCAGGAGGGUCCGCGGCGCCGCCGACGAACCCGAACACGGCAAGCCCGGCCGAGAGGACCGCCCCGCGCCCAAGAAGAACCAAUCGGAGAGCCGCAGGUCCAAGAGGCCGGCGGACGACCGGCGCUCCGAGUCCAGAGACUCUCAUUCCCCGAGGAGCCACGACGGCAAGGAGGCGCCGCACCGCUGGAGGAGCGGCUGGGAGGAGAACAAACAUCCCAAGCUGCCGGAGGACUCUCACGUGAAGCCGGCUCCUCCGAGACACAAACCGUACGGCCCCCCGACUCGGCCCACCACCCCCCGGACCCCGAAGCACCGCCUCAGCGUGGACGCCAACCUGCAGAUACCUGAAGUCCUCAACUCCGCCUCCAAGAAGGAUCUGCUCCGGAGGGCCAGCAAGCGUCUGGAGAGCGGGGAGAUUUCCCAGGAGGACUUCCUGAACAUGGCCCACCAGAUCAAACACUUCUUCCAGUACCAGGAGGAGAAGCAGCGCUCCGACAGCUGGGACGACUCCGCCGACUACUCCGCCAAGAAACCGCUGACGUCGCCGCUGUCUGGCCCCCCCGCGGCGCCGCGCCCGCACGACGCCAUGGACGCCGCGCAGCUGUCGUACUACGAACACAAGUCCAAGCUGAGGAAGACGCAGGUGAACCGAGCGCGCGCCGCCGGAGAGGAGUGGGACGGCGAGGAGAGUUCGGAGGAGGGGGAGGGGCAAGGCGAGAAGACGUGCCGCGGCGCCGGGCAACCGCCGGCGCAUAAAUACAGCCGGGCGCCACGGGACCUGCAAGGCGAGCGGAGGAGUAAAGAGCGCGAGGAGCCGCGGCCUCCGCUCGGCCCCAUGAUCGAGGAGUACAACCACGGCAAAGAGUUCCCGGCCCUCAAGUCUCUCCCGGGCCUCCGCUUCAGGAGGAGGGCCGACCCCCGAGAGCCCAGUGAGUCCGCCGCGCCCAGCGGAUCCACCACGACGUUAACUUACAUCUGCUUUUAUAGUGAUCUGUGAAGCCAAACGUAUCAU